AUGGACGGAGAUCAGCCGAUCGUGCGCAGGAAAGGACGUCCGCCGAAGGACCCGGAGAAGGCAGCAGAGAGGGCAGCUGCGGCUGCCGCGGUGGAGGCCAAACAACCGCGGGGCGUUAAGCGCAAGCGCAUGUUCACCCGUGAAUUGCAGGCGAUGAUGUACGGCUUUGGGGACGUCUCUAACCCGCUGCCUGAAUCAAUUGAUCUGCUUGAAGACAUGGUCGUCGAGUACGUGGUCGAGAUGACGCAGAAGGCGCUGCAGCUGACGACGAAGAAGGGCAAGGACCAGAAGAGGCACGACAGAGCGCUCGAGCUUCUUCGCAUGUCCGAAGAGCUCAAGCGAGCGCGCGCCAGCUUCGAGGAGAAGGACAUCAUCAAGGACGCCACCAGCGCCAAAGACAAGGAGAAGGACCUCGAUGACGACCUCUUCGGCGGCGACUAG